AUGCCAAAGGGGAACCUGAGGAGGCCUCCACAUCACCUGGUGCUGCAGUGGAUUGUGGAGGCGUGGGAGCAAGUUCCACGCGACAUCAUCAUCAACGCAUUCAGGCACUGUGGGAUCUCGAGCAAGCUCAACGUGAUCGAGAACCACCUGGUCAUGUCUCACCUGCAUGCGAGGAGCACCACCGACAUCUCGGAAGACAUCUGUCUGGGGGGAAGCACAUGCGACAACAUGCACCUGCUUGGGCAAGCUCCGAAUGAGGAGGAGGGGGAGGAGGAGGAGGAGGAGGAGGAGGAGGAGGAGGAGGAGGAGGAGGAGGAGGGGGAGGAGGGGGAGGAGGAUCUACAGGCAAAGGGCGCCAAGGAGGUCGGUGUGGCAACUAGGCUGGAGCUGCUGUAUCCAGAGUCCCCCUGCUACCGCAGAGCCACGGCCAAGGCUGAUCGCCUGCUUGAGCCGAGGCAGACGGCCAAGCAUGACAGGAAAGUGUCAGACUUGGGAGUGCAGGAGCCUACAACUGCUAGUGCAGAUGAAGAGGAGGAGGGUGUGACCAAGGGGUACUAG